AUGGCAGCUCUGGAUCGCCGACAUCGAGUUGCCGCAAAGAUGGAGCGGGUAUGGGAAUAUAUGGAUCCCGAGAAGAGCGAAUCGGAGAUAUAUAAAAUACCGACCGAGUGGAUCUACUCGGAAUACCCUAGACCCUGCGACGUGAAGGAAGGCGUCACGCAAACAUCGGACCUGAAAGGCGAAGACUUCACCGAAUACCGCGAGAGGGUCGCCUUGUACAAGGACGGACAGGUCCUCGGGGAGGCAACCGUUGCUGCUAUCUCUCGGAUGAAGAGAUACAUUCGACAGUGCCUCCACCCGGACUGGCACGGAAUCUUGUCGGGCCUCUCGUCACCAUACGACCAACUUGUACGGCUCAAGCAGCAGUUCGCGCCGAGACGCAAUACGAGGGUCCAGGACCUUCGUAACGAUUUGCUAAGACGCGCAACGAGGGUCGAGGAGCUUCGUAACGAUUGGCGACGAAUGAUUGACUCGCCCAUGAACAAGACCUCGUUGCAACGGUGGUUGAAGAAUUGGCACAAUCUGUACGACAAAGCCAAAGCCGCGGGCGUCCCAGACGUUUGCUAUACGUCUUCCCAGUACCCCCCGGAUUCGAUGGCAAUCAGGGACUUUCUUCGGGCAGUUCAAGCACAAGAUCCAUACUUUGCCAACAUGUGGAGGCAACGCUUGACCGACUGGGAAGACUUGUGGAGAUCCAAAGCUACUACGGAGAGCUGGACUCCACCGCCGGUAGCUGACAGAAACGCAAUGGAUUUCCAUCGAGUCGUCUCUCACUACGGAGACUACCGCCAUGUCCAGAGCCAGACGCUGGGAGGAGGAUCAUCCAUGGCAUCCACAACCACCCUCAAGGGGAAGCCUUCAGGCAAUCGCAACAAGUCGAUGCGCUGUCUAUGUGGAGGAAAGGGACACGAGUGGAGGUACUGUAGGGAAGUCAAUUGGACCCUCAGAUCCCCAAAUUUCAAAACAACUGCAUCGAAGAUGAUGGUCAUCGAAGAGAAUCUGAAAAAGGCCUCUCCCCAAGUCCAAGAAGAAGUUGCGGCAAUAAUGAUGACUGAUCCAGUUGGCGUGCUGAGAAUGUAA